AUGCAUAGAGGAGAGCAAGCGGGCUCCUUGCCAAAGAUCACCCUGCCUGCGGCCACAAGUAGGAAGAACAACGACUUCUCCACUUGGAUGGAGCGCUGUGAAGCUUUGCUCGAGGCACAGGAUGAAGCCAACUAUUUGGCAAAGAAGCAGUUAGCUGCUCAAGUCAGGGCUUACUUGGCCAAUUGCGCGGAGACCCAUGAGAAGGAACAGAUCUUCAUGCGGCGUCGGGUUGGGGAGAUGCUGGGAGAUGAGCGCUACGAAGACCGAGCUCCUAGUUCCAGAAACAGCACCAACAAGUCCUGCUAUGCCCCGGUGGAUGAGGACGAGUCCGACGAAGAGGAUGAAGACGAUGAGGAUGAGGAGGUCCACCCUGCCAUUACGAAGGCCAAGAGUGUAAAACAGAUCGUCAAGCAAGAGAGGGCCGAAGGGCUGGGCAUGACCGCGGACGAGUUGCUGCAAAGGUUGCUAACUCGGAAGUCGCGUAUGCCCAUUUCGAAGAGGUAUGUGCACAAACUCCUGGACAAGUUUGUGAAGGUUUGGACUGACAAGUUUAGCAGGUGCUGUUCGUUGGUUCCAGACGUCGCAGUCCCCUGGGGCGGGCAAACUGUGGUGGUAGGCGAUACACAUGGCCAGCUGGAAGAUGUCCUCACUAUUUUCCUGGCACAUGGAACUCCAUCGAGCAGAAAUAGGUAUGUCUUCAAUGGUGACAUUGCGGACCGAGGUCCGAAUGCGUGCGAGAUCUUCUUCCUGCUCUUUGCAUUCUUCAUUGAAGAUCCUGACUGCCUGGUCAUCAUUCGAGGAAACCACGAGGAUGAGGAAAUGAAUAAGCUCUCCAGCGAAGAAGGUGGUGGCUUCCACGAGGAGGUGCUGCAGAAGUACACGGGAGGAGUUUUCAUGAAGUUCGAGGCCAUUUACAAGAUGCUGCCCUUGGCUGCUGUGGUGCAGAAGGAGCUGUUUGUCGUUCAUGGUGGGUUGGCCCGAAACGCCAAAUCUAACCUGUCACUGCCCUUUGUCGGGGACAUCGAUGCAGGCAUCGUUAGCUGCCCGCACGGAGGAUGCUACCCGCUAUGCUUGGAGGAGCAGGUCUUCCAAGACCUGCUCUGGUCCGAUCCACAAGAGAAGUUGGGCUGGGAAGCCAACCCCCGAGGGGCAGGCAUCAAGUGGGGCCCGGACUUGACCGCAUCCUUCCUGAAACGCACAGGUCUGAAGUGGAUCAUUCGCUCACACCAGCUGCCGGAGGGCAAGCGCGGCUUCAGCACUCACCACCUCGGACUCGUGUACACCCUCUUCAGCGCCAGCAACUACUGUGGCACUUCAGGGAACAAGGGUGGUGUCUGCCUGCUGGAGCUCCGGUACAACGGAGAGAGCAGCCGCCUUGUGGCACGCUUCGAGGAACACUAUGCACCUGCGUUAGAGCAGGGAAAGCUCUUGGAAAUUUCUCAGCUGCCAGACAUUGCAGCGCGCCGCACUGCACUGGAAGAAGCAGGAGCAGCAAGAGCAUCCGAGGACCUCCAGAAGGUGGGGCAACUUCAGGAGCGGGCCAUCCUGCACCGCAUGGCUGGCCGAGUGGUGGAGCUGCGCCCGGAGCUCUGGGAUGACUUCCGCAAAUGCGACGAGAGGAGGACUGGCAAGGUUCCAUUCGCCAGCUGGUGUGACAUACUCACCUCGGUGUGCGGUGAGAGCUAUCCGUGGUCUUUGGGUGGCGAGCUCUGGGGCAUCGUAGGGGCAGACGACGCGAAGGACAUUCCCAAAGGCCAAAGGGAUGUCGACUAUGUCCGCUUCCUUCGACGCUUCGAAGUGGCAGUCAACAAGGAGAAGUGGGUUGGUUGGAAAACUAUUCUGAUGAAGGAUGCCUACGAGGCCUUGUACUGCUUCUCGGCUUUAUGGCACGAAUUGUCAUGGUCGGCCCAUGUUGGCAAAGACCAUUGCAAGGAGCCCACGGCACGUGCCUCGUACUGUUCAAUGCCAUGGCCAAUGCCAAUUCCAAGUUCAAGAGACAAGGUUACGCCAAGCCUCGCAUGA